CACUGGCAAGAGUUUCCACUGCGCCGGCUGCGUAGGAGGGGCUUCUGAGACUGAGUGGCAAACUGUGCCCGGGCGUCCCGAGAGCCCGGGACUGGCUGCGAGCUGGGUCUGCGGUGCAUGCGGGGAACCGCAGGCUCCUGCUCCUCUCCACGGGCUGCUGCGGUGAGGGAGGCAGGGUGAGAAGGGAGGACAGCAGGCAUCAGGGCUGGCUUCGCACCAUAGCAGCGGGCUGUGCUGGAGCCUGUGGGGCUACAGUUGCAGUGCUGCUGCACAGAGGAGAUGCCCGGCCAAGGGGGGCUUGGAGCAGGAAGCAUGGAGGUGUCCCUGCGAUGGGGGCAGUGACAGUUGACCUGUACCAGCUCAGCCCAGCACCCACGUUUCACGUGAACAGAUGACAAAGUGUUCUGCCGUGCUGACAGCGCAUGUAAAACUGGGAGACAAGGAUUCACCUGCCCCAAGAAGUCAUUCUUGCUUAUUGCAGGAAUGUCAGCCCAAGAAGUCAAGGAAGUCCUUGGAGGCGAAAUCCCGCUUGUGACGAGGCUGUAAAAGGAAAGCUGCGAAGGGGAGCUGGAGGGGAACGCCGCGAGGUCGGGGCGCAGGCAUGGAGCGUGAGCCCUUGGGAGCAUAGCAGGCGUGUGAUGAUAAUUUAGUCCCCAGGAAGCUUUCCAGCUGAGCAACAGAAAUAAAAGAGCAGGAGCAGGGUGAUUUCUGAGGCAGACUCAUUUUGUUGGUGAAAGGGAAUUAUAAAAGCACCCCCUCCCUUCCCUACGGUAGUGUCAACACCUUUCUUUUUCUGGUUUCCCUUCUAGUUGCUGAUUGUUCUCUUCCCUGGAGCAGUUCAACGGGUAGAAGCGUAGCGAGGGCAUUGGCAGCUUUUACCUCAGCAUCAUCCAGCCCUGCUGAGAGGCACUCGACGCAGAACGGUGCUAAAAUGCUGGCAGAGGUCUUUCUCAGCACGGACUGCGCAGCUAUCCACCGGUCUCCGCAAUCCAGCAGGCAGUGAGAGCAGGCACCAUUGAAGUUGCAGCAAAGUGUUUUCUCGUGGACAGUGCAAAUGUCUCUCAAGCUGUCUGAAAGGAGGAAGCUGUCUGGAGAGAAGUGAAGACCUCUCAGGCACAAAGAUUUUUUGAGUCAGACACGGCUCAGCUGUUGCAUUGCAGAUGUCUUAGCUACAAACAAGCUUUCACUGAAAUCAAAGACUCUUCAUGAGUUUAAGUGGUAGGAUCCUCCCACAAAGAGAGGGCUUUCUUCUUCAAAGGGUUCUCCUCAGAUUUCCCUACAAUAGAUUUCUUAAGGCUUGCCUGCAUUGUGAAGCUGAUUUAGAGCCAGCAUCAUGUGAAUCUGAAACAUCACAGCUGUUAUGGAUGAAUUCACUGCCUGGUUGUUCUCACUUCUGCAAUUCGAAUGCCUUCUUCCACAGUAACCUCGCCACAAAGUUGACCGUGGAUGGAAGUGCUGGGCUGUAAGGAGUGCAGUAGGGCUGUUGCUUUCUGCUGACCGCUGCCGCAGGUACUUGUUUUCCCUUCUGAAGGCAAAAUAGAUUAUCUCAUGCUUGAGUGUUCACAUGAAGAAUUAGUUUGAUUGCGCUGCUCUGCCGUGAACCCAUGCGCUGUUGCACUGUUGGCGGUUCCUCCAUGUAAAUGAACGACCCGAGUAAGAUAAUUUGAAGUAAGAUGCCUUUAUUCCGAAAUAUUGGUGGUCAGUGCAGUGCAAUAAUCAGGAACAGCUGUUCCAAAAGAACUGCAUAAACAAAUCCUUGCAAAAUUAUGGUAAAAAUCCCAAUGUACUAUUUUUAAGCUUGUCCAUUGCUCCAGAAUCGGUUGAAUCAUUCACUGAAUUGGCCCACAUUUACCUCAAGUGACCUCAAAUGGUACCAGUUGAAGCACACUUCUUCUAUGUUCCAACUUGGGGCUUCGGUCACUGCAGAAGGUGACCAAGUUUGCUUUAAAUGGUGGAAUAUUUUACAGUCAUUGGAAGACAAAGCUCUCUGUGUUAAAGAGCUUACGGUUUAAUCUUUGGACACUUGCUGAUAGGUGUAACACCAUUGUAAUAGUACAGAGAAAUGACCCACAGUGCAGGGAGGAGUCUGACAGAAAAGCAGAAGAGCCUGCAUCUGCCGGAAAGAGCUUGCCAAAAGCAGUGCGAGUCUGUCCCGCCUGUCCCUGCACAAACGGGAGGGGAUCAAACAGCUCCUCAGGCGUGGAAAUACCUGACAAAAUCCAAUCUCUUUUGCCUUUUGGAUCUUCAUAUCUGAUUGCUUUCUUACAGCCUUUUGACCCUACCAUGGCCUCUAAUCUAAAAGUCAUCUUCCUGUUUCUUUGGUCGCUUCUCUGUGAAGGGGGAGAUGUCGACGUACAGCAGAAUCCUCUAAUCCAAGUUGCACUGCUCAAGGAAGAAGUGUCCAUCCCCUGUGAAGUCACCUUCCUUUACACCCUGAAAUACACCAGAUUUUCAAUCUCCUAUUACUGGUUUAAUUCAUUGGGUCAGAGGACAUCCAUCUAUAAUCGGGAUGAACAUGUACAAAUCCCCCCUGGAAAAGAGAAUACGUCCAUAACCAAAUCCUACAAUCACAAAACCAUGCCGCUUGAAAGCCACUCUUCUGGCACCUACUAUUGUGAGGUCCGGUGGGGUGAAAUCCUGAAAAUGGGAAAUGGAGUGUAUAUCCUUGUGAGAGAGACAGGGUACACCGAGACCUCCUAUGGGUGGGACAUCCUCAUUACCUUUACCACACUUCUGGCUGCACUGAGCAUCAUUGCAACAGCUCUGCUCGUGUGGAAAAGAAAGGUAUUGUGUCCUAAGAGGAACCAGCUAAAUAUACUGAGGCAGAAGAUAGAAACUCGGCCCCCUUCAGCCAGCCCGCCACCACCUUCUCCUGUUUAUGACUGCCUGAAUUCGCAGCAAGUCGAGGUCUAUUCUGUCCUCGAGAGCAACGCAAAGAACCCAGAACCCAGAAGGAAGCCUCCGGGGAAGACAUCUGAGAAGCAAGGAACUCUAGAAGAAUCCUGUGAUACGCUGUAUGAGAAUAUCUAACGGGGAAAAACUGACUCUGUGUGGACCAGACAUCUUCCUGCACGACAGAACUACUUUCUGCAUCCUCAGUUCUCUGCGAAGACCCACAGUGACUUCAGGGCACAGCCACGGGGGGACUUGUGAACCCCGGGCUCCCUCCAAACUGCCCUUCAUUAACAACAGAAUACAGCUGUUCAACUCCCACUGGGGCUCAGUCUGCAUUGAUGCAGUGAAGAUAUUUUGCAGCAAAGCUGUUUGAUGCAAAAAGAAAAGCUGGUUUUUGUCAAGCACUCGUACGUAUCUUAGACAUGGUGCAGAUGGGAUCGGUGCAUGUUUCUCUCACCUGGCCUGGUUGAAAUAUUUGAAUCUUGAUCCUCCGUAAGUGAUAGCGUGAUCCAGAGCCCUCCCUGCUUGCUGGCCUGAUCUUCCAAUCCUGACUUGCAGCAGUCCAUCUGAUCCUGUGUCAGCUUCCCUGACGCAGCCAUCAGGCCUUCAUGCAUAGUUUAACUGAGAUCCAAACGUCCACCUGCCCAUUUUUCCCUUUCUCGGGAACCCCACAGUGAAACAUGCUUUCUCAUAAUCUGCUAAUCCCAUCAAGUAGUCACAGAUGCCUGCUGUGACCGAACUCAGCCGACUCAAAUCAGUGCCUUGGAAUAAAUGCUUUCCCUUCAGCAAUAUCAGCAGUAUAUGGUGAGGAAUGGAUGCAUGAACAGAGAUAAAGAUGGAAAAAAAAGGAAGCCAGGGAAAAUAUCCCUGCCUGGCACUGUGUCUCAGCGGCAGUGCCCGUUCCAGAACAAGGAAAAGGAACAAGGAGCUGGGAAUCCCAGGAGAAUGCCUUGUUGGGGCUGAAUAGAUCUGGGUCCGUGUUCCAGAGAUGUUCAAGCCAAGCUCCCCAGUUUCCCCAGUUCUGAAAUCUGUAACAACUGGAGUGAGGAGGGAGGUCUUAGAGAUGAAUUUUCUAUUUAAGCUCCUCUCUCUCCUGUCAGCUGGGACUUGCCUGCCAUUUGUGCUGAUGGAUAUCCUAGUUCUGAUAGGGAAGAAGUUACGUUAAAUAUCCAUAAAACACGAUCAAACCAGUGGAUCAAAAAGCUGAGGCUGUUUUAUCUCAGAUUAAAAAAACAACAACAAAGUAACAACUAAACAAAACCAACCCAAAAUAACAAUACGUAGCAUAACUUGAGAGGAAUCAGAGAAACCUCUUUAAAGAAGAAGAUCAAAUUAAAACUGAGCUCCAGGGUCAUAGGACCCUCUCUAGUUGAAGAUAAUGUUGCUAUGCAUCAGAGAUAGAGGCUAUGGAAAAUGUCUCCGGGGCCUCCAACCUUCCUAUACUAUGUUUAAAGAGAUAAUCCGCUUAUUGCUUUGCUCUUUUUAUUAGAAGAGAUUUCAAACAUGCAAUUUGGACUUUAACCACAGGAAAAUGCUUUUUCUCUUCCCAGUGUUGAGGAAUUCAUUUCAGAAAGAGCAAUGAAUAGACAGCAUGCCUUAUUAGACCUGUCUUCCAUUUGUUAAACGAUCGUAAUAAUUAUAAAUAAAUACUUCUGAACUCAACUAUUUUAGUAUUUACUAAUGUGACCAGAAAUGUAAACGAGGAGAAAACAUUUGUCUUCAUGGACAAAAAAUUACAAGGAUUGCACAGGUAUAAUAUUUUCUUUCCUUACCGAAUUUGAAGAAUGAUGAGAUGAAUUAUAAAUAUGUUGCAGUAUAGCGAUAAAAUAUUCAGAAGAAGGUGGUGGAUCAGACGAAGAAUUGAAACUUUCAAAGUAACGCUGCUUGGUUUUUGUGUUUUGCUUUUUUAAUUUGGUAAAUACUAAAAACAAUGGUUAGUACUAAAAAUUUCCUGGCAGAGAUCUCACUUUGCAGUGAAUAGUUUUGUCUCGUCUUUCCGUUACCUUUCUAAGUAGCAUUUCUUACAUUUCUGGCUGAACAGCUCUAUACAUUAAGUAGCUGAAGCCGUUUAAAAUGCAAGAUAAGAAAAAAUGGUCCUUGUUAUAUAGGGGCUGUUCUAGACCAGUCAGUGCUGAAGUACGGAACGAAUCGCAACCGGUUGCGAUCAAUUAAGUGAAAAAGUUGAAAUUUCCAAGAAGCACUGGGAAGGCUGGGGAUUUGGGCUGUGCGCCAGCGCUCGUCAAAGUCACAGGGAGUUGCUGUAUUGAUUUCAAGGGGUUUUGGUUUGGCCCUGCAAGGCUACAAGGCUGCUGCACGAGGAGAAGGAAGGUUGGAAGCUACUCAGCCAGAAGCUAGAGCCGCUUCUUUGGCAUCGUGCACCGUGGGCAGCAGCAGUGGCAUCUGAGUUUGUGAGAGAGAAAGGUGUAAAGGAGAAGAUUGUGAGAGAAGGGGUGUUUUUCAAGGCGAUAAGAGUUUUCCAAGGAGGUAUGAGGAAAUGCCUUCAGGCACCAGUAGGAGAAAGUAGUAAAUAUAAUUUAUAUAACAUUGGUAUAGCUAUUUAUAGCUGAGAUUUGUUCAGGAGAAAUAAAAUAGAAAACGGGCA